AUGGCGAGGGAGCUGUGGAGACCUCCAUUGAGCUCGAGCGCGUUGCCUCUGUCGAACUCCUGCAUGUCGUUGCGGAUGGUGGUCGCGCAGCGGUGCUGGCGAGAGGGCAGGCUCGUUGGAUCAAGAGAUAAUCGUGGUGCGGCGAGUCAAGGCCUAGAUCUGAAGCAGUGCGAGCCACUGCUGGAGGCGGAGGUCAAUGUGCUCUUCCUCAUGGCCAUGGAGAUCUUCGUUGAGGAGAGCAAUGUCCACCGCAUCGAACCCCGGCCCGUCAAGUUGACGCCAGUUAUUCGGAGCAGCAACAUGAUUAGCCUGUGGCAGCACCAUCAUUGGAAACCCACUAAUGUCCUCAUGGUUACUCCAUUCCGUGGUUUGACCCUUCGAGGUGGUGAAGCACAAACUGAAUACCUCUCCGUACAUGAAGAAGGGCCUCAUGAUGAGCUUUAGGAAGAUGGAGCAAUAACACAUGCUGAGUUGGAAAAUAAGGGUAACAAUGCAGUCCAUUUGAAGUUGGAAAAAGAUCAUCCAUAGUUGAAGAACAUGACAGAGAACAGAGGAGUUUCAUUCUCUGAAUAAGGGAAAUCAAAAUG